ACGUUCUUUUUUUCAUGUGGUGGUGAACAAUUUUACUAACAACUGCUCUCUAUAGACUUUUCUCCUUGUUCGGCACAGCAAAACUGAAAGCCUAGGAGAUAUACAAAGGGCGCAUUCGAAUGAUUCCACCACUCCUGCGCACGUUAGCAAAAGGCUCCAUUGUCCUUAUUGGUGGAUCCAUCACUAUCUCUGCACUCACCACUUCAAUCCUUCGCCGUAAAGCCUUAAUUAACAAGGAAAAGUUGGGGAAGUUUUGUGGGUGUUGUAAAGGAAAGGGAUUUUAUAUAUGUAAGCUGUGCAAGGGAAAUGGUACAAUAAGGUGGUCUCCACUGUAUGAUCCUGUGUUUAUAAAUCCAUGUGUUUGUCCUACUUGCGAUGGUCACAAGGUACAGCGAUGUCUCAAUUGUUUGGGAGAUGGACGGGUAGUAUAAUUUAGAGUAAAAGGCAUUCCAUGAAAUGCACUCUACCUGUUCGAUAUAAAGACUAUGCCAACAUUGGUUUCCAAAGGCAGAAGCAAUUUUAUCUUUGCCUUAAAAAUGUGUGAUUCUUUUAACAAAAAAAAGUUAUGUAUUGUCUUUUAGUUGCUAUCUAUAUCACACCUCUAGGGGUGUACGUUGUGUGAAUGCAUGAUGCUUUGUGCAAUGAAGCUAGGGGGAAUCAGGGUCAUUUCUGGUGCUGAUUCCUGAAAUUGAACGAGUAAAGUAGUGCCACGAAUAAAUGGAGCAAAAAAAGAAGCAAGGGGAGUUGUUCUCAUUUGUCUGCUGCUCGGAGGCAAGGCUUUUUUAUGGAUCCAAAUUGGGGUGUAGGAUUGAUGAUGAUAAUGUCAUUGAUGUUUAAAUUCUACCUUUUCCUAAUCAAAAAAUAUAGGUGUCGUUGGCAUUUUUAAUGUUUAUAUGUAUGUGACCAAGAGUUGAACGUUAUUCUGGAGGAACAAUCCCAUAGUAGGGUUUGCGCUUGUUAUGAACACAAAUGAGUAUUUCAUCGAAUUUUAUUAAAAGCUGCUUAAAUACGAAUCAA